CUUAGAAAAAUCUAAAUCUAAAUUUAAACAACUGCGAGAGGUGCUCGUGACUGCACUUCUACCGACAAAUGAAACGCCACCACCCCAAGUGACGACUCAGCAGUGACUGACAACUAUCUCCAUGUAAAUACCAGUGCCUUGGGCGAAAAAAGGCAGGUUACCUUUGCUUUACUGAAGUGACGACCGCCCUCUCGCUCAGCUGAGGGAACAAAGCGAUUCCCGGAGCUCAAGCCGCGUUUCUCCUAUUACAAGUAUGGCUCUGCGUGGAAAAGUAGCUUUGGUGACUGGAGCAGCGCAAGGAAUUGGCAGAGCAAUUGUGGAGAUCCUUCUCAAAAACGAGUCAAAGGUCGCUGCUGUCGAUUUAAACGAGGAACUGGGGGAAGCGUGCAGAGCUCAGCUUUCACAAGAGUUUGGAGCUGAAAACCUAACUUUCAUACAGUGUGACGUAACUGACAGAGGGGAACUGCAAGAAGCUUUCAAGAAAACAGUGGACCGCUUUGGACGUUUGGACAUCGUUAUCAACAACGCCGGGAUCAAUAAUGAGAAAAACUGGGAAAAGACAAUCGAAGUUAAUUUGACGUCAGUCAUCAAAGGUACUUACUUGGCCCUAGAUCACAUGAGCAAAGAGUAUGGGAAGGAUGGAGGUGUGAUCAUAAAUAUUUCAUCCAUGGCAGCAUUCCUUCAUUCCCCACAUCAGCCUGUGUACACAGCUACGAAGUAUGGGGUUCUUGGAUUUUCUAGAGCCAUAGCAGAUGCUGCAGAAAUAGGAAAUUACGGUGUGAGAAUAAAUGUGCUCUGUCCUGCAUUUGUUGAUACUGCACUCCUCCAGUCUGUCCAAGAGGAAGAGAAAAUGGGGAAAUUUGUCAAGUAUAAGGACGAUUUUAAGAAGAGGAUGGAUACAUUUGGAUUACUGCCGCCAUCUUUAAUUGCUGAAGGGGUGUUGAAGAUCAUAACAGAUAACAGCCUGAAUGGAGCGGUCAUGAAAAUUACCUCCUCUAAGGGAAUUCACUUCCAGAAUUAUGAGCCACUAUCAGCAUAAAAGAAAUGUGAAUGACAACACAAAAAUGUUUGAAAUGUCUGAAGUAUAAUCUUGGUGACGCAUGAAUGUGAAGUUUUUAAAUUAUUUUCUUCAUCAGGUGAUUUUAUAUAUACAUGAUAUGUAUUUUUUUAAGUAAAUUAACAUAUAAUUCUGGUAAUUGCUUUCUCUUUGUUAUAAGCAUUAACAUAUAUUUGUUACUCUUACAUUUCUUUAAUAUCCUAAACAAAGAGUAAUAUUAUGCUAAAUUUUACUGAUAUAUCAAAUUAUUUCCGCAUGGCAUUAACAAAAUAUUU